AUGGCUGGCGAUUCCUUCACUCCCCUCCCAGCCUCAAAACUGGGAGAGUAUACCGUAAUUAAAGAUAUCGCGGAAGGAACCUUUGGAAUUGUGAAAAUGGCCAUCCAUACAAUUACCGGACAUCGUGUAGCAAUGAAGUACAUCUCAAAGAAGGCCAUCAAUCGCGAGAAGACCAAGACUCGAGUUCGUCGAGAAUUUGAGUAUAUGCGAGCUCUACGGCAUCCUCAUAUCAUUAAAUUGUACGAAGUAAUAUCUACGCCUACAGAUAUCAUCUUUGUUCUCGAAUAUGCAGGUGGCGAGCUAUUCAAUCAUAUAGUUACCCACGGAAAAAUGAAAGAAUCCGAAGCCCGACGAUUCUUUCAACAGAUAAUAUCGGGCAUCGAAUACUCGCAUCGUCUCAAGAUUGUUCACCGCGAUCUCAAGCCUGAAAAUGUGCUUUUAGAUGAUAACCUCAACGUGAAGAUCGCGGAUUUCGGCUUAUCUAGCGUCAUCAGCGAUGGUGAUUUUCUUACCACCAGCUGUGGGAGUCCAAACUAUGCUGCACCGGAAGUUAUCCGUGGGGGAAUCUAUGCUGGUCCCGAAAUUGAUGUCUGGAGUUCGGGAGUCAUCCUGUAUGUUAUGAUAUGCGGAAGACUCCCAUUUGAGGAUGACAAUGUCCAGCUAUUGUUCAGCAAAAUCAGUCAGGGCAUCUACUUCAUGCCUCCUACACUCUCCCCAGAAGCCCAGCAUCUUAUACAUGCCAUGCUUGCCGUCGACCCGGUGAAACGGAUCACUAUCCCUGAAAUUUACCGUCAUCCCUUCUUCACUACUGACCUACCUCGAUAUCUCUCUCCUCUGCCACCACCCCCCGGACCUGUGCUUGGCACUCUCAAAGCUCUCGUUUCUCCUCCAAUAAGGCCCGUGGACUUUGAAUUUGUUGAGGGUUUUGGCCGAAUCGAGCAAGAGGUCAUCGAAGGCCUCGUUGCUCGAAUGCAAGGUGUCACCAAAGAAGACAUACUUGAAUGCUUAAGGAGGGAUGAUGGGGCUCAAGGAAAUGCUGUUAAAGUGGCGUAUCUAUUGUUCAGGGAUAAGCAACACCUUGGAAAAGAUCUUGCUGAAUUUGCUGAAGAGGAGCGUGAUGCCCAGGAAGCUGCAUUAGAUCCUCGAAAUGCUCUCUCUCCGAACGCUUUGUCUCCCGGCGGGGGUGAGAUCCAGGAAAAUCCUUUCGAUGCUGAAUUCAAUGGCCAAACGGACGAUGACGAUGACGAUGAAUUGUCAGAUUCUGACCUUGAAUAUGACCAACCGAUGUCAGCGUCAACGUCAACCAAUUUCGCGGUCCUCAAUUCUUCCCUUCCUCCAGAUCCUUCUGCAUCGACGCAUCAUCUCACCUCCUAUGCUUCAGCGAAGCAAUCGGCCGGAAAGGAGAGAAAACCGCACAAAGCAACACAAUGGCACUUUGGUAUCAGAAGCAGGAGUCCCCCAAUGGAAAUCAUGCUUGAAAUUUAUAAGACUCUGCGAAUGCUUGGGAUGGAAUGGAAGGAGAAGAAAGACCUUGGUGGUUUGGCUGGGGUGACCGUACGUCCAGGCGCCAAUGGGAGGAUAGAGCGGGUCAAGGCUUCGGACGGAGGUGGAGACGUGGAUCAUAGAGCUGCCUCAUCGGUGUAUUUCGUUGAGACAAGAGCGCGCGCACAAGACGUUGUCGUCUUGAUGAACCUUCAGCUGUAUAUGGUCGAUUCGAUUAACUAUCUUGUCGAUUUCCACCAUAAGAAAACCUACAGGGCUUCAACAGAACCCAAUGCUGGCCGGUUCGACGUAGCCCCAUCACUCAAACGUACUGCUAGCGGCCAGUCAAUCAAAGUGGAGAACGGGUUCCAAGAAGAGGAUGUCGUGUCACCAUAUGUGUUCAUGGAUGUAGCGUGCAGGUUAAUCUUAGCAUUGGCCAGAGGCGGGGAAUAG